GGUUUUUGUGUGUGCUUUUAAUCUUUUUUAUUUUUUCAUUUCUACCCUCAAGGCUUGCUUUGAAAGGAAAAGAGAAGCAGCCCAAGGUACAAUAGAAAUAAGAAAGGGAGAGCAGUGAUACCUUUGCUUUAGUCUUGAUAAUGUAUAUAAAAUACACAUGGUUCUCCAAAGCCCACAGGACCUAGCUUUAGCUUGACAAUGGAAGAACGAAGAUGAUGGUGGGUGCAUAUAUGCUUUAUAUGUGGCCGGAGUAGAGCAGAUGGAGUAAUAAAAUAUUUAGAGAGUUUCUGUCUGUUGGCUUCUAUUUUUUCUGUGAAAUUGGAGAUAAGGUUGUUCUCUGAGAGUUAGGAGAAAAGAGAUAGGGUUGAAAGCUUGAGGAGAGUGGCAAAAGCAUGAGAUAGUUGCAGAGAGGAAAGACAGGAAGUGAAAGGAUUGCUGGUUAGCUUUGAGGGCCCAGCCAAGUUUGAGACUAUGAAUUCUUUGUGGGUAGGAGUAUUAGUGUAGUAGCAUACCUGUAGUAGAGAUUGAUUCUCUGGUCAAUAGUUUGAUUAUACCAUUUUCUAAUCAAACAGUAUUUUUUUUAUUUGGAGAUUAAAUAUGAUUGGAAUGUUCUUUUAUAGAAUUAUCUAAGUCAUGUAAAAUAUCUCAGUCAGUACCUUACAGAAGAGUUGUUUAGCUGAAUCAUGUAACAUUUGUUAUAUUAGCUUAUAUAAGUGUUGUUUUAGUGAGGUAGCAGAUCAUUAGCUAACACAUACUGUAUGUUUUUGUUUUUUUGUUUUACCUACACACAGGGGAUUUUUCUGAAGAAAGCCAUGGUAUCUUGUUGGUUAGCACGAUUAUGCAAACAAGUUGCUCAGUGACAAUUUGGCUCAAUGGGGAGAAGCCAUGCAAUAAUACCGCAUUCAUUGCAUAAGUAAGAGCUAGCUUACAGUGAAGACUGAAGAAAAAAGUGUGUAACUUUGUAAAACUAACAUUCUGUGAAACUAAUCGCCAUUUGUUUUCUUUGAGUUGAAAUAUAUUGGAAAAUAAUUGAGAAAAAUAUCUUGUGGACCUAAUCUGAGGAAAUUUUUAACACCUCAUUUGGAAAAGGACCAUCUUUUAUUUAAAACCCCCAGAAGAUCGGUAUGAAAUCAAUUCCUGGACCAUCAUUUUGUUUAUCAAUUAGCAUAAACAAAUGUAAAAAUUACUAUGAAGUACUUGGAGUUACAAAAGAUGCUGGUGAUGAAGAUUUGAAAAAAGCUUAUAGAAAGCUUGCUUUGAAGUUUCAUCCAGACAAAAACCAUGCACCUGGAGCAACAGAUGCUUUUAAAAAGAUUGGAAACGCUUAUGCUGUUUUAAGCAAUCCAGAAAAACGAAAACAGUAUGACCUCACAGGCAAUGAAGAACAAGGAUGUAAUCACCAAAACAAUGGCAGAUUUAAUUUCCACAGAGGUUGUGAAGCUGAUAUAACUCCAGAAGACUUGUUUAAUAUAUUCUUUGGUGGUGGGUUUCCUCCAGGUAGUGUACAUUCAUUUUCAAAUGGACGAGCUGGCUAUAACCAUCAACAUCAGCAUCGACAUAGUGGACAUGAAAGAGAAGAAGAAAGAGGAGAUGGUGGUUUUUCUGUGUUUAUCCAGCUGAUGCCUAUUAUUGUAUUGAUCCUCGUAUCACUAUUAAGCCAGUUGAUGGUCUCCAACCCUCCUUAUUCCUUAUAUCCCAGAUCUGGAUCAGGACAAACCAUUAAAAUGAAGACAGAAAACUUGGGUGUCAUUUAUUAUGUCAACAAAGACUUUAAAAAUGAAUAUAAAGGGAUAUUAUUACAAAAAGUAGAAAAGAAUGUUGAAGAAGAUUAUGUGACUAAUAUUCGAAACAAUUGUUGGAAAGAACGACAACAAAAAACAGAUAUGCAGUAUGCAGCAAAAGUAUAUCGUGAUGAUAGACUUCGAAGGAAGGCAGAAGCAUUGAGCAUGGACAACUGUAAAGAAUUGGAGCGGCUGACCAGUAUCUAUAGAGGAGAAUGAACUGGAAUUUUUAUUUACACCUUUUAGCAUACUCUUUGUUUUUUUCUGUAAGUAAAUUUAGUUUCAUCAAGAGAGCUGAAGAAAAAGAUUUCAUAUUAAAAACUAAACUGAGUAGUUGCUCCCUGAAAUCUUGGACUGUUUAUGACCUACUGGCUCCUUUAAAUAGUAAGAAACUAAAAACUAAAAUGAAUAUUUUAGUUAUGCUUCCGCAAUUAUUUUUAUGUUAAAAGCUUGUAUGAUUCCUAACUAAAAAUGUCUCAAGAAAGGAUUAUCACACCUGUAGCAAUUUCCAGUUUUAGUGAGUCUCCAUUUUUUUCUCUUGUCAUGUAAAUAUUUAUGCAAUGAUCAUUUUGUGUACAUACAGGUUAUUGCCUUUUUUAAUUUAAAUUGUUUAAGUGUUUAGCUCCAUGAGACACUUCUGCUUAAAUUGAUGGAAUAAAUAUUAUAUGACAAUUAUGUUUUCCUUGUCAGGUGUCAAAUGUAUGGAGUUUAAACAAUGAAACUUUUUCAAAAAGAAAAGAAAAACAAAAACUGUUUAACUUUGUAAAAUCUUUUAGCAUUACAAGCUUAGAGGGAAUUGAUAUUUUCAAAUAUUGCCAUUAUAUUCCAAAAUAUAUAUUGAGAUAGAUGAACUGGUAUAGAGUAUCAGUUUGCUAUUUAGUUUUAUGAAUUACUAAGCUAUGCAUAGAAAUGAAAUGCCAUACUGAUAGAUUUUAAAGAAAAUAUAAGGAAAUGGGUAUAUAGAUAUUAAAUCAAGAGGGUCUUCAAUAGUAAAUUGCAGAUAAGUCUUUUGCAAUUCCAAUAGUUAAAAGGCCCCCAAAUGUUUAUUUAUAUGCCUUUGAAGGCUGCUAAAAUUUAUGAAAAAAAGGACCCACCUAAACUUUCCCCCUAUGAAAAUUUGCAGUUUCUUAGUGAUCAUUUAAGCAGGAUUGAAAAGUAAAUGGAUUCUUAUACAAAUAAGUAGUAAGAAAAAUUAUUACUACAGUCAAGCUUUGUGCCUUUUAACCUUCUUGCCCACUCCUAAACAUAUGAGUAGAUUUCAGCAGACUUGUUUGAUCAGAGCAUUGAUCUGUUUAGGCACAUGCGACAAUGAGCAAAAAUAUAGCAGCAAAUAGAAUAGUGAUUUAUAGCAAGUCAUUCUUACAAAAUUCUGAGCUAAAAUUUGUUCACCAUUGAGUAAUUCAGUUACUCCUAUAGGAAUAAGCUCCAAAAUCAGCUGGAAAUGGAAGUUUUUGGUGCAUGUAUAUUGGGUAUAAAACUAUUUGAUUUCUACUCUUCUAUGUUUAACAGUUACAAUAUUUUAAUUAUUUUGCUUCUUUCUCAGUUAAUGGAACAAGAACAAGUAUUUGGUAGUUUGUGCGUGUGUGUGUUUGUGUGUGUGUGAAUGCUAGAUAUAGUGGCAGUGUUUUUUUGGUCUAAAGGUUAUUUCUGAAUGUAGUUAAUUUAUGGCAUCUAUUGAAUAAAACUGCUAAAAUGA